AUGAAGAGUCUGGUUGUGAAGGCUGCUGCCAUGUGCAUCGGGACGGUUCUCCUCGCCCACGCCUCGGCCCUCCCGCCAACCGCCGCGAACCCCGGCAUCCUCCUCCUCCCCCGUCGUCCCCCGCCCGCGGCGGCGCGGCAGGUCAAGGGCGACGACGACGACGACGACGACGACUGCACGGAGCGAUCGCUCGCGCUCCGGACGCUGCGCGUGUUCGGCGCGGCCCUCACCCGGUGGCAGCGGGCCCCCGGUAGCGGCGAGGCGACCGACCUCCGGUUCCGGCUCGGCAACGCGCUGGCGGGCGACAGCGAGCCGUGCGCGUCGCCCGGCACCGGCGCCGGCGCCGUCGUGUCGCCGUCCGAGUGGGUCAACUGCGUCCACAACACGCGCGACCCGACGGCGCCCCGGAGCUCGUACCGGUACGACGCGGCCGCCAACGAGCUCACGGUCCAGGGGACGUGGAUCUGUGGUGGCGGCGGGGAUUCUACUGGGAGUCCGCUCGCCAUGGACGCCUAUGGCGUGGGCAGCAUCCCUUUCGUCUGUCAAGAGUUGGCGGAUGCCGACGGCGCCCAGCAGUGCACUCAGGAGCACGAUGUGGAGAUCGAGGUCACCGUCUCGUCGCGGCCGGCUGAAAACCGGUGA